AUGCUAGAGCCAGAAGCAAAGAAUCAUGCCGAUACUGAUGCGGAUGAGAUCGAAGAAGUGUCUUUGAUUUUAUCUUUAUCACAAGACGUCGCUGCACCGGUCUUGCUGGAUACCCAUGAAGCCGGUAUGAUUUCGAGCGCAUUGCAGAUUUGGGAUGUUAUCGCCGAGGAUACCUUGAAUCUCGAACUACCAAAUGAAGAUUGGAACCUCGAUAUUGAAGAAUGUAUCUUAGAGCAUAUGGAUAUUUCAGUUUUCAGCAAGCCUACAAGAUAUUCCCCACGACUGUUACCAAUAGAUACGUCCCCUGUUUUCGCGAGCUAUCAACCGGAAGAUAAUGGUUCAUACUCUAGACUAUACAAUCAGCCGGUACCCAACGCCCCAAAAGCAUUUGUACUUCGAAAACUGUCCAAUAAUCAAUUUUCCCUGAACAGAAGCUACAUAUUGUGCACUUUACCGACCUACCCCUCAAUGCUACUUCCUAGUAAUGACGAUGGACUUCCACCAUUUAUUCACCCUCAUUUCAACAACCGUAAAGCGCUUCCCGCACCGCUAGCUACAUGUGCUAACCUCAUACAAUGGAUAAGUGUUAAGAACGAGGAUAACGUUUUGUUCAUAUGGGGGUGCAUUAGAAUGGAGAUUGACAGAAUAUGUACCCAGUAUACAACAUACAAUAGUGAAGAUUCCGUCGCCGCUCUUCACGCCAUAACGAUUUAUUUUCUACUUCGAAUUUCAGAAGAUAAUGAGAAGGCAACUAAUUUUGAUGUUCCACUAAUUUCCACAAUGAUUAAAGUUUCGAUGUACGUUGCUCACCUGGCAGAAGACCUCCAGAAUGAGGGUGUCCCAUCGUGGAAAGAAUGGGCACUGGCCGAAUCCACACGCCGCACAAUUAUCAUACUAUUCUUUAUCGACCUUUUCUUUGAUGUCUCCUCCUCAGUCCCGGAAUAUCGCUGCGACGGAAAUCGCCUAAAAUAUAUGACUCUACCCUGUUCUCGCAAACUCUGGAGAGCGACUACAAAUGAAGCGUGGGAAAAUGAGUAUACAAAUUCAAUGAGAGGCAUACGGCUUACGUAUGGAGAUCUGAUAAAUUCUCGAACUAGGCCUGAGGAUCGGAGAUUAGAUGGGUGGUUGUCUCAGUUGGAUGAAUUUGGAAUGCUGGUUUUGGCUGCGGCAAGUUUGACUUCGUGA